GAAAUAGAACCACGUAGGAGGCAAUGUGGUGCAAGACAUCCAGCCUGCCGUAAAGCUGACCGUAGAAGAAGAAGGUGAACUAGAAUUCGCCUGCUACACAAGAUGGCGGCCCGCUACGCCGCUCAGUCCUCUGUGCUCCGCAGGGCGCUGCGAGCUCUCAGCCUUCACACCCGGACACCCGGACCUCCCGCCGCGGCUGCUGGGUUCAGGUUUGUUUGUAACGCUGCUCCACAAGAAGCAACGAGGGUGACGUCAGAAUCUACGGAGGAAUACAAGUUCGUAGAGCGGCUCAUCCCGCCGUCUCGGGUCCCCGCUCCGCCGCAGCACGCCGGUCCCUCCCCGUCUGGCUGGACCCCUCCGGCAGAUGCACCGCCUCCUCUGCCCUACAUGAUCCGCCGCUCCCGCAUGCACAACAUCCCGGUUUACGCCGAUGUGACCCACGGCAGCCGCAGGACAACGCUCGUGCGUAAAGUGGAGGGGGACAUCUGGGCUCUGGAGAAGGACGUGAAGCAAUAUCUGAAGGAGGUGAUGGGGAAGGAGCUCCCCACACAGGUCAACGAGGUCACCAUGACCUUGAAGGUCAAAGGUCACGUCGACAGUGAGCUGAAGGAGUGGUUGGCCAGCAAGGGCUUCUGACUGCGGGGUUAGGCGGCGCUGAGCUUCCAGGACCAUGGCAUCGUCACCGUCCAAGGGGGGUCACACAGCUGUCCAGGUGGAGACGGAGAGGAGCACUCGUGACUCUUUGGGAUCUGCUGGCAGGCCAACACCUGAAACAUUGUCCUACAGCACAUUUAAAGUCAUUUCCACAGCUUUUCACUACUGCUACUAAAUGUAACUCUCCUCAGACACCAGAGAGAUGUUGAAGUUCUGGGAUCAUGGGUUGUUAAACAUACUUGUUGUAAUGACUGUAACAUUACAUAUAAGGGCAUUGCCUACUUCAUUUGUUGUGUUUGCUAUUAAUACUCUGUUAAACCAGACAGAGAAGCAGGGAAAUAUGUCUUGGUUUGCAAAAGAC